AAAUUGAAGGUGAUUGCUGCCGGAAGUCGAAUAUAUGGAGGCUACGUUCAUUUUAAAAAUCAGUUACCAAGCGCCUUUUAUUGUUUUCUAAAGUUUAUUGCUUUAAUUGUGCGGUGUUAAAUGUGUGACAGGGGUGACUCAAUUGAUGGAAAUCUCACUAAACGCAAUGUGGUAUACAUUUACAGUCCGAAGUACACUGAGACUUGUGACACCUUAUCAAAAGUCCCUAACCGGGCGAGUAUGGUUCAUUCACUGAUUGAAUCUUAUGGAUUGCUACAGUAUAUGAGGGUUGUUAAACCUCAUGUGGCUUCGAUGGAGGAUAUGGCAGUUUUCCACACACACUCCUACCUGGAACAUCUCCACAAAAUCAGUCAGAACGGGGACAACGAUGACCCUCAGUCGGUUGAUUUCGGACUGGGGUAUGACUGUCCGGUCGUGGAGGGCAUAUUCGACUAUGCAGCGGCCGUUGGUGGAGCCACUCUGACGGCCGCUCAGUGUCUGCUGGAUGGCAAAUGCGAAGUGGCCAUCAACUGGGCAGGAGGCUGGCACCAUGCCAAGAAGGAUGAGGCUUCAGGGUUCUGCUACGUGAAUGACGCGGUUCUAGGCAUCCUCAAACUGCGAGAGAAGUACGAGCGGGUGCUCUAUAUAGACAUGGACCUGCAUCAUGGAGACGGUGUGGAAGAUGCCUUCAGCUUCACUUCCAAAGUGAUGACUGUGUCUCUGCACAAGUUCUCUCCUGGCUUCUUCCCAGAUCUGAGCAAGGUUCUCCCUGCUUGCUGUUGCUCAGGUACAGGAGAUGUGAAGGACACUGGGCUGGGCAAGGGCCGCUGGUACGCUGUCAACGUUCCCCUGGAGGACGGAAUCCGCGAUGACCGUUAUCUACAGGUCUUCUCCAGUGUCAUGCAGGAAGUGAAGGCACUGUUUAACCCAGAAGCGGUUGUGAUGCAGUUGGGGGCAGACACCAUGGCUGGUGACCCCAUGUGCUCCUUCAACAUGACUCCAGUGGGAGUCAGCAAAUGUCUGUGUCAUGUGCUGGAGUGGGAGCUACCCACGCUCCUGUUGGGAGGAGGUGGUUAUAACCUUGCCAACACUGCCCGCUGCUGGACCUUUUUAACAGGGACAGUCCUGGAACAGACUCUAUCCUCCGAGAUACCAGACCAUGAGUUCUUUACAGAAUACGGUCCAGAUUAUUCCCUGGAGAUCAGUCCGAGCUGCCGACCCGACCGCAACGAGAGCCAGCAGCUGGAGCGGGUCAUCGGCACCAUCAAAGGCUAAUGUUCUACCACACUCGAAGACAUAAAAAUAAAAAAACUUCGCAUCUUAGCUGAUGACCUAACGGUUACUGACACAUCUCUUUUAGCUUCAAAGUCAAGAAAUGGUUGUCACUGGUGUCUUUAGUACAUCACCUGACCAUGUACCCAGCUUUCUGAUUAGCCUCUGUGGUCACCCUAACUGUCUUUAACAUACUGUGCAUUUUGAGCCAAUUCUUACAUGCAAACACAAUUGCUGUAUUUAGUCGGCAGGAAUUUUAUCCAAACCGUGAAGAGCAAAAUGCCCAUAUCUGCCCUUAAUCAUGCAUACCUUAGUAAUUUUAUAGUAAACUACUGCAGGCUAGGCCAUACAUUUAGUCUGCCUUUUGAAGCAGCAAUUUUGUCAGAGACUAUAGAACCAACAGUUCUUACAUUUGUGUCCUCUUCUGUCUAGUAUGAUGGGAGCUCUCGGCCAACGCGGCUACUUCAGUAUGAUUGUUAGACAGCAAAAGCAACAAACAAACUGGGCUCAAGUCAACAAAACGUGGCAGGGUCCAUCAGCGUGAGGGUCUGCUUCGUUUUGGUGCCCAUGUGGCAUGUGUACCACACAUAGCGUGCACUCCCUCCCUGCCAUCGGAGACUAAUUAAAAAAGGCUUAGGGCGCAUACUGCCCAGCCUCACUUGGAGACUCCCUCCCCCUUCUUCAGGAACGACAUGUUGUAGGUGUCCUGUGAGAACAGGUCCAAGUUUGGUUUGAUCUUGCUCCUAAAGGGUUCACCAGUGGGCAGAACAGAGAAGAGACCUGAUCAGCGGUCAGCUUAAACACUGCAGUAUAUUUCUCUUACUCACUUGUGUUCUGUUUAGAUGGUUUGUGGCUGCUUUGAAUUAUCAGCCUCUAUAAAGACAUAUGGGAUUGCAUGUCGUGUUCUGUUAAGUGGCCAUUUGGACAGAAUUUAAAUUCAGCAUAUACAUGGUAUAAGAAAUUUCUGUUAAAACCAAGGCGUUUAUUUUUGAUGGAUGAUUAAGUUUUUGGUAUUAUUCAGCUUAUGGUGCCUCUGAUGGAGAAAAUGCUCCCAUUUGUCACCUCACGUGUGGGCACACAAACACCUAGCAACAGGGUUGAGUUAGUGAGUUUGGGUGGGAUGCAGAAAGGGUUGAGAGACAGGAGACAGCACAACACAGCCCUGUUUCAUCCCUACUGUUGUAACAUUGUGAAGCCUUGUCCAGUGCCAUCAGUACCCACCAGUGGGUACUGAGUACUUUUCUCACAUAACACCAGCUUUUCCUGUGCCAGGCGAUCAGGACGUGGUGUAACAGCUAGCCACUGAGGCCUGGGUUGGCACUGCCACAUGCCAAUCUUUGACUAUCCCCUCCCUUGGAAACCACAGACAAAUCUGGUGGCUUUUCUAAAGGAUAGACGACUGACUGCUGCUUUGCAAGGUGGCACUAGGCAUGGCAGAGGUAUCCAUAGUGUAGAAGGGAGAACAGGAUUGGAUGGCUUUUAGGCACCUAAUGGAGUACAUUAAAAUGACUCAUUGGUUUGUUGUCUGACUUAUUUGUUAUGUACAUGUUUCGCCAGCUUCCGCAUCAUAGACAUGUCAUCUGAUAUCUGACUGUCCUCUGAUCACUUUCUGGACACACUUCAAGUCCAGGGUUUUUAAGCCCUUUGCAUCUGUUGUCAAAACCUAGGGCUUUUUUUAAUUAUAAAUCCACCAUGGCAGUAUCUGAUGUGCAGCUUGUUUAUUAUCUUUCAUUAUGCUGUGUGCAUGUGUGUGCAUAAAAAACACAUCUCCUGCAGCAUGGAUAAGACCCAAAAAACUGAAAUUAGCCUGUAUUGGGGCCAGUGGAGAUAAGUGAGAGAACUGCUGGCCCAUGCAGCGGUGCAGGGUGCUUGUUAACGCGUGUCCCUGCAGAGCCGCCCACCUCCAUGGGAUGCCGUGAUUUGACGAAACGCCCGAGAAUAUCGCAAUGUCUCCUGGAAGAACUGCGACUGAUGAAGCCAGGCAGUAAAUGGCGAGGCCCACGAUUGCUUCGCAUUACCGGAGUUUCCAGACACAUCUGGGGAACUUUUACGAGAUUCUGAACGUUGCAUUGUACAUGAGUGAGGCAGGAAAAGAAACAACAGCAAAAAAAAAAAAAAAGAACAUGGAAAGCGGCCACACACGGUUGCUUUUGCUGACCCUGAUUGAUGUAGUGUAGAGCAAUUUAAAUGCCUCCCGUUUCAGUCUUAUACACCGCAGCCAUUUAAUGAAGCCUAAUACACUACAAAUAAAUAGGAAAAGAUUCAACAGUUAAAGUACCAUUCCACUAAAUGCUGCCAGUGUUCCCAGUGUAAAACAGGGCACAGCGGGGACAGUGCCUGGAAAAAGUAGCUUUAUUUUCUUGGUGCUGGAUCAGGAAAAGUGUUUGGGGAAAAUUGUUUUUAUUUUAUUUAUUUAUUUAAAAAAAAAAUAUUAAGAUGCACGGUCACUCAGACUUAAGUAAAGGCCUCAUUGACAUUGAGCUGAAACAUAAACAGUUGUAAGUGUAAAUGUUACAACACAUUAACAUGUUUACCAAAGAAGAGGGAAUGUGUGAUCUCAGAUAUAACCAAUAUUGUGACAUGGCCUGCUGUGCUGAACAUUUAUACACAGAGGAUGACACGUAAGUAAUAAAAACCAGAAACGCCUCAAUCAUUUUUACUGCUCCAGUAAGAAAUGCUCCAUCUCACAUAGAGGAAUUUCCUUUUUUUAACAUGGUAUCUAAAUCAUCUGGAGUAGAUGCGACCUCUUAUCAGCUUCCUUAGCUUUGACGGCAAUAAUGAUCUCAAAACGCCACCUGGCCAGGGCAAAAGAGAUGUGCUCUUUAACACAUUUAAAUGUUUGCAAAUCACAACUGGUGGUUAAAGUACUGUAGAUUUACAUGGGCUGGUAUUUGCAUGCCUUUUCUGCUUCCUUGGGAAUCAGAACAACAUUGUUAUUUGCUUACUGACAAGGUGUGUGCUUUGUUUUGAAAUGGUAUGAGAGUAAGAUGGCCAGCAAGACCAACUUUUGUACAGUAUAAGUGCUGUAUGCUUCUUUGCCUUUUUCUUUUGACCAUUCAACCUGUGUAAACUGUGUCUGGAUCAGUAUCAUAACCUUAAAAACAGGUUUUUAGUCCAGUUAUGGCUGUGAAAUAUGCUGAGCUGAAAUCAGGUUUAUCCUCUGAUUGUAGAAUGGAGAAGGGUUGACUGGUCUGGGUCACGUCUGUAAUCACACGGGCAGUAAUAAGAGAUUAUUUCCUCCCUAAGUAAAAGGAAGUUUUGGGACUGAUGUUUGUCAACUUGUUUGUUUCAGCAUGUGGGUGUGGAGAGAGAGACAGAGAGAGAGCUGUAUUUAUAACUACUCCAGCACUGUUUGUCGUCAUCAUGGUUCUCAAUGUAAAUGUUUUCUGUAUUCAUUUCAUCCUUUUUUCUCCUCUCGCUCUCUUUCCAUCUCCUCUUGCUGCU